CUGGUGGAGAGGAGGAGCAACAAAAGUAAUUCUGCUGCAGAAAUCAGCAUCAUCUCCGCAAUGAAGACUCUGCCACUGAUUGUGUUUGUUUGUGUGGUGAUGACUCUGACUGGAGCUGAUGCAAAGAGUCGUCUGAUCAAGAGGUCCACACAUUGUCCUGGUUGGUCUGAGUACAAUGGACGCUGUUUCAUCUUCAUUCCUACCUACAUGACUUGGGCUAAAGCUGAGAAAAACUGUCGGACCCUGGGUGGAAACCUUGCAUCGGUCCAUAAUAUCAUCGAGUACCAUAAGAUCCAGUCUCUCAUUCAGAAUGGUUCUCAUGCGCAUCCAGAAACAUGGAUCGGAGGCAGUGAUGCCCAAGAGGAGGGUGUCUGGCUGUGGAGUGAUGGGAUGAUUUUCCACUAUACAAACUGGUGUGAUGGACAGCCCAGUACGGCUGAGGGUCAACAGAACUGCAUACAAAUGAAUUAUGGAGUGUCCAAGUGCUGGGAUAAUGUCAAGUGUGUUGAACGCCGUCCAUCUGUCUGCGCCAAGAAACUGGUGGAGAGGAGGAGCAACAAAAGUAAUUCUGCUGCAGAAAUCAGCAUCAUCUCCGCAAUGAAGACUCUGUCAACACUGAUUGUGUUUGUUUGUGUGGUGAUGACUCUGACUGGAGCUGAUGCAAAGAGUCGUCUGAUCAAGAGGUCCACACAUUGUUCUGGUUGGUCUGAGUACAAUGGACGCUGUUUCAUCUUCAUUCCUACCCACAUGACAUGGGCUAAAGCUGAGAAACACUGUCUGUCCCUGGGUGGAAACCUUGCAUCAGUCCAUGAUGUCUUUGAGUACCAAGCGAUCCAGAAGGUGAUACAGAGUAGCGCUCAUGAGUAUCCAGAAACAUGGAUCGGAGGCAGUGAUGCCCAAGAGGAGGGUGUCUGGCUGUGGAGUGAUGGGAUGACUUUCCACUAUACAAACUGGUGUGAUGGAGAGCCCAGUACAUCUGCUCAACAGCACUGCCUGCAAAUGAAUUAUGAAGCAUCCAAGUGUUGGGAUGAUGUGCAGUGUUUUGAACGCCGUCCAUCUGUCUGCGCCAAGAAAAUACGAUGAAUCCUGAAACAGAAGAACUUGUCACAAUCGCUGGUGCAUGUGUGCUGAUGUUUGUGUUUUCAUGCUCUCAUUUCUUAAGCUAAUCACUCUGGUGCCUCUUUAUAUUUCUUCUAUCGCUGUAAUGCAACUAAAGGAGUGAAGCGACAAGUCAAAUCAACAGAAGCUGGUUCGUCUCAGAGGCUUUGUGCCUUUUAAUAAGAACAGACCGAAUGUGUUAUGAAAAGAACGCUGUUAGCAAAACUUCCUUCUGCACAAUCAACUCAUAUUUACUGAUUUUUGCAAAAUUAAAAGUCUGAAGCAUU